AUGAAACGAGCAGCUUUAAUGGCCUCUGAAGGGAGCCUGGUCCAGCCCGUCUCAGAAGGGAAGGACGAUGGCUGCACUGCCAGCAAGCAGGGAGAGAAGCUGACAGGAGCACGCCUGCCGCCCAUCGCGCUGGCCUCAGGGCAGCCCCAGGAGCGAGACGGCUCCAGGCUCGGGGUGAAAGAGCUGGAGGCAGCUGGUAACAGAGGGAGGAAUCAAGGUCCGCACUUUGUCAGGAUCCACCUGAUGGCUGGGCGGGUUCCCCUGGGCGCAGACCGGGCAGCAGUGGCAGGCGAGAUGGAAGCCACCUUCAUUGAGAAUCUCAGAUACGCUGCUGACCUCCUGGCCCAGGAAGACAUGAUUGGACUGGUGGAGCCUAUUAACAGCCGCAUCACUGACCCCCGCUACUUUCUGAACACCCCACACCAAGCUGCUGCCAUCCUGGAGAAGGUGGGACGGCCCAACCUGAAGCUGCAGCUGGACCUCUUUCACUGCCAGAUCAUGGAUGGGAAUUUGUCACGCAACCUGGAGACGUACUUCCCGCUCAUCGGUCACAUCCAGAUUGCCCAAGUGCCAGGGCGGCACGAGCCCGACAGCCCCGGGGAGUUAAACUUCCCCUACAUCUUCGAGCUCCUGGAGUCUCUGGGCUACACCGGCUACGUGGGGUGCGAGUAUGCUCCGAAAGGUGAGCAUGUCCUGGGGGAGGCAGGCUGGCUGCGCUCGUACUGGGAGAGCCGAGGCCUGCACCAGGGUGGGACCACUAAGGCAGCAGAGUAA